AUGCAAUCACAGUCACACAACCUACAAUGUGCCGUGGGUGGCAACGCCGAUGAAUGUGACACACCCAGGCUGAGGUUUAGGGCAAAUAAUCCAGUUGCAGUUACACGUCACUCUUUAACCCCUCCCCCCAAGUGCACAAGACGUCCCCGAGUGUGGUCUGUCGUAAGAGAACAGAGACUGGAGCAGAGCGGAUCCACGGUUACAACUCUGACAAACUGUGCUUCCCACAAAGGAAAUUCACCUAAACACACUGGGACGAGGUCCAAUCCACAAAAUCCAGAGUGUGCGCCCAACCGCAACCGAGCGCUUCCUAGCAGAUUCACACAUCUGCUCAGUCCAAGCGUCCGCAGGGUGGAAGUCGGGUUCAAGCUGGACGAAGGAGAGGAGAGCGGGCCCGGCGGCCCGGCUUUCGUGCUGAGACACAGAACUUGCAGCCAUGCAGAGCACACUGCGGCGGAGCCUGCGAGAUCUUCCGCCGCACUCACCUCAGGUUCUUCAAAUGAACACCUCAGCACCGAUCUGUGCCACUCACACAAUGGGUCCCUCCCGACGUGCGACGAGGAGAGAAUACAAGAGGAGGAAGAUGUCAAGGGCGAGCGAGAAGAGAGGAGUAGCGACGAAGGCUUCAUGGGAAUGACGCCGCUUCUUCAGGCUCACCACGCCAUGGAGAAGAUGGAGGAGUUUGUACACAAGGUGUGGGAGGGCCGAUGGCGCGUCAUCCCUCACGACGUGCUCCCCGAUUGGCUGAAGGACAACGACUUCCUUGUGCACGGCCACAGGCCGCCCAUGCCUUCCUUCCGCGCCUGCUUCCGGAGCAUCUUCAGGAUCCACACCGAGACAGGCAACAUCUGGACACAUCUGCUCGGCUGCCUGUUUUUCCUCUGCCUGGGCCUGAUGUACAUGUUCCGACCCAACAUGUCGUUCGUGGCACCGGUCCAGGAGAAGGUGGCUAUCGGCAUGUUUUUCCUGGGCGCCAUCCUCUGCCUGUCCUUCUCGUGGCUCUUCCACACAGUCUACUGCCAUUCGGAGGGCGUGUCCAGGGUCUUCUCCAAGUUGGACUACAGCGGCAUCGCCUUCCUGAUCAUGGGCUCGUUCGUACCGUGGCUCUACUAUUCCUUCUACUGCUCUCCUCAGCCGUGCUUCAUCUACCUGCUGGUGGUGUGCGUGCUGGGCCUGUCCGCCAUCAUUGUAUCCCAGUGUGACUUUUUCGCCACGCCGCAAUACCGAGGGGUCCGCGCAGGUGUGUUUGUGGGCUUGGGGCUGAGCGGCGUGGUCCCCACUCUCCACUUCGUCAUCAGCGAGGGCCUCAUCAGAGCCACCACCAUGGGACAGAUAGGCUGGCUUUUCCUCAUGGCCACGCUUUACAUCACCGGAGCCUGCCUGUACGCCGCUCGUAUCCCGGAGAGGUUCUUCCCCGGCAAGUGUGACAUCUGGUUCCACUCUCACCAGUUGUUCCACAUUCUGGUGGUGGCAGGCGCGUUUGUCCACUUCCACGGCGUCUCCAACCUGCAGGAGUUCCGCUACACAGCUGGAGCAGGUUGCACUGAUGACAGAAUGCUCUAACACACGCCGCGUGUUCACUACACCUUACUACAGGGAGCCGGCGCUUGCUUCUUAAUAAUGACGCACACACUCGCUGGCCUCCCUCCUCAGAGGAGGACAAACGUGGCUUGUCAUGUCGUGGGACGGCCUCGCACGGGGGCACCUUUUCAAAACUGACGCGUUGGCCACUUUUUGAGAGGUUUGCUAAUUGCUAGCUAGAACCUCCGGACAUUAACAAUCCAUUUCUUCUUGGAGAUUUUCAAGAUUUUUAUCGCAAAGGAAGCAUCAUUUUUCUAUAAAAUAUUUUUUGGGGAGGGUGAGUUUUUGUUCGUUUGAAUGCAGUUUUUUUUCUAAUUCAAACCUAAAGAGCAUUCAUAUUUAAAAAGUACUUGAAUAUCUUCCGUGAUUGUGAGGGUUACAAGGGGCUUCUUAGGGGUAUCGCUUUUAAAUAAAAUUAAAGUUUUUCAUGUGAAUAAGAUUUCUAAAUUUGGGUUAUAGAUUUGUAUGAAAUAUAUAUAUUAAAAUGGAACAAAAAAUAUGGCUGUGUUGGUGAGGAUGCGGUGCUACAGUGGAACUAUUGUUCCUACUUUAUUGAAUAUGCAAGGAAAAGCAGUGAAAAGGUCUCAGAUUUUAUUUUUACUUUUCCAUCUCUCAUGUUUGCCGCACCUUCCAACUCAGAGCUCUUGCGAAUGUUUGCGCUCGAAACCAAAUCUAAAAUAAUAUGAAAGAAUAUUCUCAAUAUGUAGCCAUUUUUAUUCAUUUAUUUUCUCUCAAUACCGUCAUUUUUUUAUGUAUUUUAGUCAGACUGAAAGCAAAACCAAAUAAAUCACAUUUAAAACGUCAACAUUAAAAGACAUCAGUAAACAACUCAAAUAUGACCUAAGGCUUCUAUUGUUUGAAUGAUUUCUUUAUUUUUGGUGAAUCUGUUUUUGACAUCAACGUGCUCUGGUAAUGAUUGAUGAGUGUCUUCAAAUAUCUAUUUGCUUUUGUCAUGAUAUAUUUUUAUUAUGUUUACCUUCUAUUAAUUUAUUGCAAAUGUGUUGUGAUGGGAAUGUUUGCUACAGAGACCUUCAUAUCUGCUGUACUGUUCUAAUAAAGAUGCUUUGGUGAAUUCUA